AUGGGAGUUGCGAAGAACCACAAUAUUGAGCUGGCAGGAGAUUCUUCACAGCUGCCGCCUCUCCUCAGCGUACGUCCAGUCCACACUACACCAUCAACCCCACACCCGGAGCCAAGGCCACCAAAGCAGCUCCCAUCGCACCUCAUGCACAGCUGCAGUCCAAUCCACACUUUAUCACAAAAGAACGACAGUCGUGAUCAUGAUCAUGAUCCCGCUCCCAAGAAUACCAAGACCAAGAAUACUAAGCGGGGCCCUGGUGACUCAUGCCCCGUUUUUGAGACGGAACCGGCUGGACCGGUAAAUCCUUCACCGUGUUCCCUCCAAAAUCUAGGCAUAGAAGAUGAAAACCUCGGACGAGGAGUUGGGAAAAAUAUUACGUGCAAGAGAAGAAGUCGAAGGGACUUCUUCUGUUCGACGCAUAUAGAUAUAUUUUUCACCGGCUUUUUCAAUCGACUUGUCGAGUAA